AUGACCAAAGGGGGAAUGGAGUCGGUCGAAGUGUUCACGUCUGAAGGCAAAGGCAGGGGCUUGAAAGCGCAGAAGGAAUUCUUGCCCGGGGAUGUCAUCUUUGCAGAGCCAGCCUACGCAGCCGUUGUUUUUGAUAGCCUGACACACCUCAUCUGCCACACCUGCUUCAAACGGCAGGAGAGGCUCCACCGCUGCGGCCAAUGCAAGUUUGCCUACUACUGCGACCGGACCUGCCAGAGGGCAGCUUGGCUGAACCACAAAAAUGAGUGUUCCGCCAUCAAGAAGCAUGGCAAGGCACCCACCGAAAACAUCAGGCUGGCUGCCCGCAUCAUGUGGAAGAUAGAGAGGGAAGGCAGUGGACUGGCAGAGGGCUGCCUGGUCUCCAUCGAUGACCUGCAGAACCACGUGGACAGCUUUGGUGAGGAGGAGAAGAAGGAGCUCCAAGCUGACGUGGAGAGCUUCCUCGAGUUUUGGCCGCCCCAGAGCCAGCAGUUUGGCAUGCAGUACAUCUCCCACAUAUUUGGAGUG